AUGGCUGGGCGCUGCCCCUACUUCGCCAUGGAGGAGUCCUCCCGCGGCAUCCGCUCGGGGGAGUCCCCGGCCGCGGCGCUCCGCCGGAUCCUCUCGACGCCCGGCGCGCACCAGGCGCCCUGCUGCUACGACGCGCUCGGCGCGCGGCUCGUCGAGCGCGCGGGGUUCCCGAUCGGGUUCAUGGGCGGUUUCUGUGUUUCUGCUGCGCGACUUGGCUUGCCUGAUGUUGGCCUCAUUUCCUAUGGAGAAAUGGUAGACCAAGGGCGUCUCAUCAAUGAAGCUGUUUCAAUCCCAGUGAUUGGUGAUGGAGACAACGGUUAUGGAAACUCUAUGAAUAUCAAGAGAACCAUAAAAGGGUAUAUCAAUGCUGGUUUUGCUGGAAUUAUGCUUGAGGAUCAGGUGGCACCUAAAGCAUGUGGACAUACUGAAGGAAGGAAAGUUAUAUCAAGGGAGGAAGCUAUCAUGCACAUCAAAGCUGCUGUAGAUGCUAGGAAGGAGAGUGGCUCUGACAUUGUUAUUGUAGCAAGGUCAGAUGCUCGCCAAGCUAUUUCUCUCGAUGAAGCAUUAUGGAGGGUGAAAGCAUUUGCUGAUGCUGGAGCAGAUGCUCUGUUUAUUGAUGCCCUUGCUUCAGUAGAAGAGAUGAAAGCAUUUUGUGCGGUUGCACCAGAAGUUCCAAAGAUGGCAAACAUGUUAGAAGGUGGUGGUAAAACUCCCAUAUUGAGCCCUGCUGAACUUGAGGAAAUUGGUUUCAGGCUUGUAGUCUAUCCUUUAUCCUUAGUUGGGGUAUCAAUGCGUGCCAUGCAGGAUGCUCUAGUUGCGAUAAAAGACGGCGGUGUACCUCCACCUAGCAUCUUGCCAUCUUUUCAGGAGAUCAAGGAUACAUUGGGUUUCGGCCGCUAUUAUAAAGAAGAGAAACAAUACCAAGUGUGGAAUUCAUCACCGCCAUCAGGCCAGCCUAUCACCGGCUUCUCUUUAGCUUUGCAAACUCUGCCCUCAACGCUGAAUCCUAACCACACAGACAUUGCAGAGUUUGGAUGGGCGAGGAUGAGAAUGUACCAAAACACAAAAUUGGACGGUGGUGAAAUCGGGUGCCAGUGUAGGCUAGAAGACUCGUACAAGCAUUAG